AUGUUCAUACCUUUGUGUAUUUCUGAUACACCUUAUCUUCUUCGUUCAUAUCCUAGUGAUUCAAUUGUUACAGACUCAUCAUUUACUAAUGGACCAUGUUUAGAACCGAUCAACACAUUAUCAUUUCUUCAAGGUACAGAUGAAGCAUCUUUGUAUCAUACUGAAUGUUUAUACAACUCAGACGAAUCAAUACUUACCUGUAAAUUAGGUCUUAAAGAUCCUAAUUUAUCACUUGAUUUAGAACAAUAUCCACUUGAACAAAUAAAUGUAGUUAUUAUAUUUGUUCAAGAAUUUCCAGAGAAAAAAAUCAGAAAUCGUGUACUUGAUCUAUGUUUUUUAAAUCGUUUUGGUAAAUCAUUAAGAGAGUUGUCUAUUUGUGGUUAUAAACCAGAAAUAACUAAAUCAUCAAGUCAUAGUUAUUUGCAUAUACUCGAUGUACCUGCAUUAGCUGUAGUUGCAUCUAACAUACAAACAUUACUUAUUAGUGGUGUUAAUAUAUGGCAAAGCGUUGAAUUACGUCAAUUUAAAUCAUUGAAACAUUUACUUAUAUUACAAGGUCGUACUAUUCAAAUGAAAUUUUAUCAUACUCCACAUUGUGCUGAUUGUGAAGGUGCACAUCCAACAGCAGAAUUUUCAUUUCAUUAUCUUAUACCAUUAUCAUCCCAAUUAACUUAUUUUCUUUAUGAUUCUUCUUAUAGAUAUAAACCAUGCACACAUGAUUUACUUAAAAAAAUUAAAUCAAGUAGUUCAACUAUUUCAACAUUUAUUGUAGCAUCACAAGAAUUUCAAAAUGAUGAAAAUAAACCAAUAUGUCAAACAUGUGCAAGUGGUUUAUGUCCUUUAUUAUCUGUAUGUCUUGAUGAAAAUUCAACAGAUCGUCGAAAAAAAGAUGAACCAUUUGAAUGUUUAUGUGUUGAAGAAUUAGAAGUUGAAGAUGAAUUUCAAUCUUGUGAUCCAAUGACAAUUCAUCCACCAAUAUAUUCAACAAGAUGCAAUCAUACUCCGUCAUUUUGGAAUUAUAUAACUCUACCAAUGAUUAUUUUAGCAGUGUAUAUUUUACUUUCAAUUAUUGUUUUUAUUAUUUCAACAAUUUUUCUUAUUAAAUCAAAUUCAUAA